AUGGUAUUGUCCACUCGUCAGUUACUUAAAGCCUUGUUGCCCAUAAAUUCAGUCUGUCGAACAUCGUUUGGAGCAACUCUAUUCUCCGUCCGUACGAUGGUGUCUGAUCCGAUAAUCAAUCAGAAGCAUCCGCUUUCAGAGGAUGAUGAGAAUAUUGUAACUAAAAAACUAUGCAUAGAACCAAGAGUCAAAAGAAAAAAAUGUGCCAUAUUAUUGGCAUACUCUGGACUGGGUUAUUUGGGUUUACAGAGAAAUAAGGGUGUCAAGACGGUUGAAGAAGAAUUGUUGCUUGCAUUAAAAUCAAAAAAUUUAAUUACCGAUGAGGGUUUUGAACAAAUUCAAACCAUGCAAUUUCAACGUGCUGCUAGAACUGACAAAGGAGUAUCUGCUCUGCGACAAAUAAUUUCACUUUUAUUACCUGAAGAUGUAGAUAAACAAGUUAUUAAUACAGCUUUACCAGAGCAAAUUAGAGUUCUAGAUAUUAGAAGAGUAACUAAAGGUUUCAACAGUAAAAAUUCUUGUGACGGUCGAACAUAUUCAUACACUUGUCCAACAUUUGCUUUUGCACCAGCAGAAGCUACCAUUGAUUUUAGUUAUCGGAUUGAUGCCACCGUUAUUGAUAGAAUAAAUGAAGUAGUUAAGAGUUUCUUAGGAUGCCACAACUAUCACAAUUACACUUCUAAAAAAAAACCAGGUGAUCCAAGUGCACAGAGAUACAUGGUUAGUUUUUACUGUGAUAAACCGUAUGAAAAAGAUGGUGUUGAAUUAAUAUCAUUGUAUGUUAGAGGACAAAGUUUUAUGCUUCAUCAGAUUCGUAAAAUGGUUGGUGUUAUUAUUGCUAUUUGUCGAGGUGUAGCCAAGCAUGAUGUGAUAGAACGUGCAUGGCAACCUGAUCGUCUUGAUUUACCUAUUGCUCCAGGUUUAGGCUUGGUAUUGGAAGAAGUGCAUUAUGAUAAAUAUAAUGGAAAAUUUGGUAAUGAUGGUAUGCAUGAGCGUUUAGAUUUUGUUGAGCUCAAUGAUCAAGUAUCUGAAUUUAGAGCUAAAUACAUACUACCAACUAUUAUCAAAGUAGAAAAAGAAGAAAGCUCUAUGCAAUUAUGGCUUGAACAGCUACCGUUACAUACAUUUGAAGUACGUACAGAGCACCGUCACUUGCGAACAGAUGUUAACGAAAUAAACAGUCCUGGAUUAGCAUCUUUACAGGCAGCUGCUGAAUUAAUCGAAAAAGAGGAACAGCAUGCUAUUGAUACAAAUGGAGAAGUACCACCUGAUAAUCUUUCUACACUUGCAGAUGCUGCUCAAGCAAUGAGUUCAGAAAAUAAUUAA